AUGCAGGGCCCACCCUGCAGCCUCCCUGCUGGGCUCAGCCUGGAUGACUUCAUCCCUGGCCACCUCCGGGCCCACAUAGGGUCAUCCUCCAGGGGGACACGGGUGCCUGUGAUCCGGAAUGGUGGCUCCAACACCCUUAAUUUCCAGUUCCAUGACCCUGCGCCCAGGACUGUGUGCAAUGGCUACUUGCCAUCCAGGAGAGAUGCUUCCCAGCACCCAGACCCUGCUUGGUAUCAGACCUGGCCAGGCCCUGGGAGCCGGCCCUCCGUGAGCCCGAAGACCCCUGCCUCCCAGCAUGCCCAGAACUGGUCAGCCACAUGGACGAAGGACAGCAAGCGGCGGGACAAGCGCUGGAUCAAGUACGAGGGAAUCGGGCCUGUGGACGAGAGCGGCAUGCCCAUUGCCCCCCGAUCCAGUGUUGACAGCCCCAGGGACUGGUACCGGAGAAUGUUCCAGCAGAUUCACCGAAAAAUGCCAGACCUGCAGCUUGACUGGAACUUCGAGGAACCACCCAAAGCGGUUUCCUCGAGUGCCUCCUCUGCAGACCCCGGGCAUUCAGGGUUCCAGCAAAGACCUGCCUCCAGGCCUUGCCUGGAAAGACCUGCCUCCAGGCCCUGCCCAGUGGCAUCUUCCAGCCGGAGAAGCUGGGACCACUCUGAAGCGUUACCUAGAAGCACCUUGAACUAUAAUCCUGGAGCAUCAUCCUCUAUGCCCCAGCCCCCAAAUCAGGUGCCCAGACGCAGAGAGAAAGUAGACAAUGUCUGGACAGAAGAGUCCUGGAACCAGUUUCUGCAAGAACUAGAGACUGGGCAGAGGCCCAAAAAACCGCUGGUGGACGACCCUGUUGAGAAGCCCUCCCAGCCCAUCGAGGUCCUGCUGGAGAGAGAAUUGGCCAAGCUGAGCGCCGAGCUGGACAAGGACCUGCGGGCGAUUGAGACCCGGCUGCCGUCCCCCAAGGUACCCGCCUCCCAGGGUCCGGGGCUGGACCCCGAGCCUCAGCAGCGCCCGGCCUCGGCCUGGAGCUCCAGCUCCCCGCAUGCACCGUACCUGGGCUCCUCCGGACUCCUGAGACCCCACAGAAUGGCGGAUGGAGGAAGCCCCUUUCUAGGUCGUAGGGACUUUGUCUACCCUACCUCAACCCGAGACCCUAGUGCCUCUGGAGUAGGGGGCAGCCCAGCCAGGAAGGAGGAGAAAAAGAGGAAGGCUGCCCGGCUCAAGUUUGACUUCCAGGCACAGUCUCCCAAGGAGCUGACUCUGCAGAAGGGUGACAUUGUCUACAUUCACAAGGAGGUGGACAAGAACUGGCUGGAGGGGGAGCACCAUGGCCGACUGGGCAUCUUCCCUGCUAAUUAUGUGGAGGUGCUGCCUGCAGAUGAGAUCCCCAAACCCAUCAAGCCUCCGACCUACCAGGUGCUGGAGUAUGGAGAAGCCGUGGCCCAGUACACCUUCAAGGGGGACCUGGAGGUGGAGCUGUCCUUCCGAAAGGGAGAGCGCAUCUGCCUGAUCCGCAAGGUGAAUGAGAACUGGUACGAGGGGCGCAUCUCUGGCACAGGGCGCCAGGGCAUAUUUCCUGCCAGCUACGUGCAGGUGUGCCGCGAGCCUCGGCUUCGGGUCUGUGACGAUGGCCCCCAGCUCCCUGCAUCUCCCCGCCUGACUGCCACUGCCCGUCUGGCCCAUCACCCCAGCUCACCAUCAGUGCCACGCGGCCCAGCUGACCCCACCGACUGGGGAGACCAGACCUCCCCCCGCCGCACUGGCUUCUCCAUUCCCCCACAGGAGUCCAGACCCCAGACCCAGACUCUCAGCACCCCUGGGCCAGCUCUGUCCCACCCUCUAGGCUCCAGCCAUCCCCUGGACCUGGGGCCCUCCCCCAACAGCACUCAGAUACACUGGACCCCGUACCGGGCGAUGUACCAGUACAGGCCCCAGAAUGAGGACGAGUUGGAGCUGCGGGAGGGGGAUCGCGUGGACGUCGUGCAGCAGUGUGACGAUGGCUGGUUUGUGGGUGUCUCCCGGAGGACCCAGAAAUUUGGGACAUUCCCUGGAAAUUACGUAGCCCCGGUGUGAGUGGUCUCUGGAGCAACUCGGAGCCAGCCAGGAUGGGGUGGGGAGCAGUAGCACUUAUGGGAGGGAGAAAAGAACCCCCCAUCCGCCUCCCCCAGGAUCCGAGCUCCUGGCAUCUGCAGACAACCCUGGCAGCCUUUCCCUCGGAGCCCCCUCGAAGCCCCCUGGACUGAUUCCCACCCACAGUUCACAGACAUUCCUGUAAAAGCCCUUUCAUUUCCUCCCCCACCCCACUCCCCAAAUAUAGAAGUUGGCUUUGAAGUGGAGACUGUUUCCAGGCCUUAUUGAGACCAGACCCCUGAUUCCCCCACCCCCACCCCGCUAUGGCUUUUCCUCUAACAGGGACAGGCUCCCAGCUUCACCCCCAUGGGGUUCCUCUAACAAGGACCAGCUUCCUAAGCUAAUAGAGACCAAAGCCUCCUCCUCCUGGAGGGGAUCCCUCCCCUUCCACUCCAGCUUGCCUGCUGCCCCACGGCCUUCUUGCUUCCAGCUGGGCCUGGGAGCAAGGAAGGGGACAGGCAGCUCCUUUUUAGCCUUCAAGGCCUAGCAAGAGGUCUUGCCUCAAGGUCUUCUCUCCUCAGAGGCUGCCAAGCCCCAAGUCUGGGCUCUGCAGUCAGCCUGCUGCUGGGGUGCCUGGCACCUCUGGCCUGUCCCAAGUGUUUUACAGGGGAGAUAAGCUUUGCUGCCCUCCUGCCUCCCAGCCCUCCCCCUGCACCCAAGUUCCCUCUGGAAAAGAAUGUAAAAUAAAUCUGGAUACCAGGGACCUUG